AGGGAGAGUGAGGGAGGGCGAGAGACAGGAAGAGAAGGAGGGGGAGGAUUUGCAGGCAGUGUGCUGCUCUAAGGAUUAAUUAUUGUUGUGUUGUGUGUUCGAUCCGCGGCUGCUCCCUUUGCAUUUAAAUUUUACACCCUGCUUCAUGAAGGAGAGGUUGUGUAAUCGAGGGGAAGAGAGAGUGCUAGGGAGACACCAAGCUAACGAGGAAGUCAGUUGAGGGGGGGAUUUUCAACCAACUGCAGAUUGAGAUGUAGUUCCUUUAAUAUGGACUGAACCAACUGCUGGGGAGGCUGGUGUAACGAACCUCGUCCUCCUCUUCUGAGGAGGAGAAGCAAGAAGGAUCGGAGGAUCAAAACGAAGCGUGGAAAACCGUGACAGAAUCACCCACCACAACAGGACCAAGCGGCGUGGUAAACAGCAGCUGCAGCAAGAGCAGCAGCAGGAGAAGGAACAGAGGCAGCAGCAGCAGGAACAGCAACAGCGACGUCAGGAUUUCGGGACAUGGGAGCAGAGUCUGGACUACACAACUUGGGAGGAGAUAGACAGUUGGGCGGUCGACCCAGGGAGAGUGCCGGAGCCUGCAUGGGAUUCGAUGGAGCAGUGCAAGGAAGGUUUACAGGAGAAGGAGGUUGGCAAAGCCAGCACGGCAGUGCAACAGGUACGAGAGGCAGCCCCCCCAAAAAUUUGGGGGGCGGCACACGAGGUGUGGAGCUAAGCCAGGUAGCAGACCUGAGCUCACUCCUCGUGCUUAUUAUAAGCAGCGCGUUACUGGUCAGGAACCGUGUUAUGCGGUUAAGCGCACGGUGUCGCCAGUACGUGUCCAUAGCCCGGUGCGCUAUAGGGCAGCCCCCCGAGAGUGUGAUGGGAGUGCAGGCAUCGAGCCAGGACGUAUGGUGCCUGCUCAGCAGGUCUGGUCGCCGGUGCGCAGUUUUGGUCCAGGGUAUCCUGCGCCGGCUCUGCGUGCUGUGUCUCCGGGGCGCUGGGAGGGUGCAGUGCGUCCUCUGCCUGCGCUCCGCUCGUGCCGGGCAAAUGUGGGAGUGGAGCCAAAGGGAGAGGUGCGCGUAGUAAGCACGAGAUCUCCCGUGCUUACCCACAGCCCAGUUCAAUCUGUGCCUCCACUCUGGAGGGUCCGGGCUAGAGUGGUUGUCCAGCCUGGGAAAGUGGUGCCAAGGUUGCGCACCAGAGCUCCAGUACUCCCCCACAGCCCGGUCCUUCAGGUGCCUCCUCCUAACACCAAGCCUCCUGAAGGUCUCCCCAGCCUGGUGGUUCCUGUGGCAGCCCCACGCACCAGGCUGUCUCUCUGUCUCCUCCCUACAGGUGGUCCCGUCUGCCCGGCGCUGCUGCCGGAGUCUCCCGCCUGCCCGGCGCUGCUGCCGGAGCAUCCCGCCUGCCCGGCGCUGCUGCCGGAGCCUCCCGCCUGCCCGGCGCUGCUGCCGGAGCCUCCCGCCUGCCCGGCGCUGCUGCCGGAGCCUCCCGCCUGCCCGGCGCUGCUGCCGGAGCCUCCCGCCUGUCCGGCGCUGCUGCCGGAGCCCCUCAGCCCAGAGGCGCCAGAGCCCCUGCCCCUCUGUCCCGAGCUGCCGCCCCUCUGUCCCGAGCUGCCCCUCUGUCCAUUGAGAAGAGUUGCCAUGGUUAGGAAGCCACGGAGGCGGACUAUAAGGUGGACUAAGACAAUGGUGAAGUGGGGUCCGCGUCCCGCGCCAGAGCCGCCACCGCGGACAGACGCCCACCCAGACCCUCCCCUAUAGGUCAAGGUUUUGCGGCCGGAGUCCGCACCUUUU